AUGUACUGGAAACAUAAAAUUAGUCAAUCUUGGUUUCAUUCGGGUGACAAGAAUACGUCUUAUUUCCAUGGAUGUGUGAAGUACAAGAGGUUGAAAAACAAAGUGACCUCGUUGUUAGACAAACAUGGUAAUGAGGCUUUUCACGAAGGCUCUAAGGGUAGCAUUGUAGUUGAGUACUUUAUGGAUUUGUUUACGUCUUCAAACCCAAAUAUUUUUGAGGAAUUGGUUGAAGGUAUGGCGCCACAAGUUACUGAGGAAAUGAAUAGACAGCUGACAACUCUAGUAUCUAAUGUUGAAAUCAAACAAGCUGCUUUUAGUGUGGAUGGAUGGACUGAUGUUUUUUUCAACCGGUAUUGGGACAUCAUUGGUCAGGAUAUCAUAAAGGAAGUAAAGGAGUUUUUCACUCAUGGUAGGCUCAUUUCUGAUUACAUAUUGAUAGCCCAUGAGAUUGUGAAUGUUUUGCGGACUAAUGCUAAGUUCAAUGAGAAGUUUGUGGCAAUCAAAACGAAUAUGGCUAAGGCGUAUGAUCGUGUUAAGUGGGAUUUCCUGAAAUGUAUUCAUGAAGAUGGGAUUUUAUGGUGUCUGGAUUCAGUGGAUAACAUCUAG